AUGAAUGAAUUGCGAAAAUGUGUCAUGGGUGGUGAAUUUGAAGCUGCAUUAUUGAAAACUUCUAUGAUUCAAAAUCCAUUCCAAGCGAUAACAGCUGCAAACAAGGCCCUUCAUCAAAGACAAAACAACAGGAUGAUUACAAAAAACAUUCAUUCAGAAAUUCUCUUCUGUUUGUCUCCAUUAAAAGGUAUUUCUGAUUCAUUUCGCAAAUUUGGGGUUUCUGAUGAUGACAAAAGUGUAUUUGUGGCAGUUGUUGAUGAUAGACAACACAAAGUUUUAAAACAAAUUGUUGAAAAAGUUCAAGGCAAACUGCAUGAUAUGACUGACCUUGAAAGCUUAUGUGAUGUUGCCAAUAUUAAAAAGAUUUACAAAGUCACAGCUGAAGAAAUGCAAGUGGGGCCUCUUGUUGAUGCUCUUGUGACAAGAAUCGCAAUGAAGGACACUUUUGCAGUGUAA